AUGGAUCCACAUGCACUGGGUACAAUCAACAAACAAUCUUUGGAUCUGGAGCCGGAUCAAAACCCCAGCUCGUUUGACGCUCUACCCAGCUCUCAGUCAAGACGGUCACCAUAUACACAGAUGGAUCCUUCUUUUAACAACGUCUUCUCACUGUACCAGAGUAUUCGCAGAAAUGGUAGUGAUCAUUUCAAUAAACUCGUGAUUGAUCUCGGACUUCAAAAAAUCCUCUUAACUGCAGGAAUUUUGAACUACCUGUUCUUUGUAUCAAAAAUGCUCUGGAAGCUAUCAGUAAUGUUCCAUAGUCAGCCCCAUUCCGUCGCUGUCAGUUUCGUGGUUCCAAGCGUUGCGACGUAUGCUUUUGUCCAACGCUAUACCGCUGGUGAGGCCAAUGAGACUGGUAUGGUUAUCUUACAAGCUGCUGUCGACGCCACCAUUCUCGCAGGGACUUUCAUCUGCACUUUUGUUGUGUGGUCUAUAAUUUCUCUCAUCGGAGACUUAGGAGCCGCAGUUUUCUUAGCAGUAACCUUCGGAAUGCGAUACUUUAUGCGCAACGUAUGA